CUCACCUGCAGACGUUUGUGCAGGAAUCAGGCGGUCCUUUCUCUGAAACGCGAUAGGUUGCAGGACGUGUCAGUGAGAUCGUCCUUGUUACCCACUUCCGCCUCUGUGUCAGUUCACUGGUGGUGUCCAGUUUUGGUGUUGUCCUGUCGGAUAAAUAAAAACGCCAUCGGACUUCGGAGCCUCACAGAUCUCCUUGGUUUCGUGCUUUGUUGGGUGGCUUGGGAACCUGAAGCGUAAGGGACAGCCCUCAGCAGGAAGGACGAUGUGCUAGAGCAGUUACACGCAGGAAGAGGGCCCGGCUUUGCUUUCUAAAAUGAGCAAUGAAGACGAGUUCUACGACGCCGUCACAGGCUUGGAUUCGGACGAGUCCUGUGAGGGAACGUCAGAGGCCAGCUUUAAAGAUGCGAUCGUGUUCGACGGCGUGCAGAAAAACAAUGGCACGGCGCCACAGGAGAAUGGAAUCAAGAAACGCAGGACAACCUUACCUGCGCCAAUGUUCUCCAGGAACAACUUCAGCGUGUGGGGAAUACUAAAGAAAUGCAUUGGGCUGGAGCUGUCUAAGAUCACGAUGCCGAUCGUGUUCAACGAGCCGCUCAGCUUCCUGCAGCGCAUCACAGAGUACAUGGAACACACUUACCUCAUCCACAAGGCCUGCUCCCUGCCCAACUCUCUAGAGCGGAUGCAGGCUGUAGCGGCUUUCGCUGUCUCUGCUGUGGCGUCUCAAUGGGACAGAACUGGAAAGCCUUUCAAUCCUUUACUGGGGGAAACCUACGAACUCCUGCGGGAGGACCAGGGCUACAGGCUCAUCUCAGAGCAGGUCAGUCACCACCCCCCCGUCAGCGCUUUCCAUGCAGAGGGCCUGGCCGGAGACUUCACCUUCCACGGAUCCAUCUACCCCAAACUCAAGUUCUGGGGCAAGAGCGUGGAGGCUGAACCCCGAGGAACCAUCACCCUAGAACUACAUAAGCACAAAGAAGCUUACACAUGGACGAAUCCAUACUGCUGUGUACAUAAUGUUAUACUAGGCAAGCUUUGGAUAGAGCAGUAUGGAACUGUGGAGAUCCUCAAUCACAAGACUGGAGAUAAGUGUGUGCUGAACUUCAAGCCGUGUGGCAUGUUUGGCAAGGAGCUGCACAGAGUGGAGGGCCACAUUCAGGACAAGAGUAAAAAGAAGCUGUGUGUGAUCUAUGGGAAGUGGACAGAGUGCAUGUGGAGUGUGGAUCCCCAGGUCUACGAGGUGCACCGCAAGGCCGACAAGAAGGGCGCCAGCGACAACAAGAAACACAAACAGGAGGAGAAUGACGAUGCAGACGACAUGCCCGAGGUGCAGGAGACGGUGGCAGUGAUCCCCGGCAGCACCCUGCUCUGGAGGAUAUCCUCACGCCCCCCGCACUCAGCGCAGAUGUACAAUUUCACCAACUUUGCUAUGACCCUGAACGAACUGGAGCCAGGGAUGGAGGGAGUCUUGUCACCCACGGACUGCCGCUUGCGCCCUGACAUCAGGGCGAUGGAGAAUGGAGACAUGGACGCUGCCAGCAGAGAGAAGGAACGGUUGGAGGAGAAACAGAGAGCAGCCCGCAAAGAGCGAGCCAAGGACGAGCAGGAGUGGUCCACCAGGUGGUUCCGGUCAGGCGCAAACCCGUUCAUUGGGUCCCAGGACUGGAUCUACACAGGGGGGUACUUUGAUAGGAAAUAUAGUGACUGUCCUGAUAUCUACUGAUGGGGGGACAGCACCCCCCCCCCCCCCCCCCCUGUCCAAGCCUCUUGAGUCCAUAGCACCAUAUCAUCUCCAAUCGGAACUCUGAAGUGGUAGUUUUUGUGUUUGGCACAAUUAAUGGAUUGUAUACAAACUCCCCUCCCCACAUGGUUAUUGAGCCAUUUCUAAAACAUAACCCCAACAACAACACGAGGAAUUCAGGGAUAUACAUGCAUUUACUGGGGUGGGGUAGGGAGAUGAUGAAGAGGAGUGAUAAUUGCACUGUGUACUGUCUGAGCAGAACCACUCUCUGCAUUCAAUGCACUUCAGUCGUCAAAUGUCAAGUGUUACUUUCUGUUGAAUGUGUUUUCCACCUUCUGUGCCACAAUGGAGAAGAUUCACAAAAACAGGUCCAUGCUGUGGAUCGUUCGUGCGGUUGGGGUGUUAUGUAGCAUUAUUCCCAGAUCAGGGUUUCCCCCUCAAUACACUUUGGCAAUACUCCACAAGACAAACAAACAUUGUUUAAUCAUGUAUGAGAAAUUCAGAAUCAUUCCUUGUUUCAUUCUCAGUGCAUUGUUGAUACAGUUGCCCUUUAAAUGAAUGUGAAAGAGUAUUAAGGUCUCUGCCACCUCCUAACAGGCUUGUGAAAUUAUUUCACUGAGCUAUCUUGCAGAAUGAUUGAGUGACAUGAAUUGGCUGUGAUCUUCACCCUAAAUACUGAAAAUAAUCGUGGAGCAGCAACCUCACAUAAAUACGAUUGUAUAAAGAGCACAAAAACCAAGAUAUGCAGAGUCUAUUACACCAUAGUAAGUAUGUACAGGAACAUAUGGUUAAAACCAAUUUGGUUACAAGGUAAUCUUCAUCUUCUGUGUUUGAGUUUGAGACAAUUUAUAGGCCUGGUUAGAACCGUUGAUAUUAAGUUAUUAGGCAAUCAUGACUGAUGUGUCGUUAACCAUAGCACGUUUGGCACCGUUACGAUGAAGAGCUGUGCCUGUGAUGGUGAAUGGCGAUAUAAAUGGGCAGACAUACUUUUACUUCACCCUACUUAAAAAUGUUAUUUCAGCCCCAUACAAAACACCAAUGAAAUGUCUUUUCAAACCAGCUGUUUCCUCCUUCAUAUUCCAAACACACGUUAUGUUAGUUUAUUCAAACUUCAACCACUCCUUAUAGGUCUGUGUUAAAGCCAGUUUUAUGCUUAUGGGUUUAUUUGCGGAUUAAUGGGUAUGUUAGCGGAGUCCAUACGUAUGUAGAAUUCACUUUGCAUAUAUGCAGACUUUUCAAUGAUACCAAGUUCUGUUGUAGAGCUGUGGCGUAUGUGGAUGUAAGAUUUCAUGUGUGGUGGGAGUAAUGAUAAUGUUGCUUGGACGGCAGAUUAGCUGGGUGCUCAGUGUAUUUUCAUUAUGAAGAGCUGAGCCCCCUCCCACACCACAUGUGCUGACACACUAAUCAUAACUCAAACUAUCUCUCUAAUGCAGUGUGUGCCUCCCAGACGCAACUCAUCAUGUUAAACAGUCGGACAAUGUGCAUGCUGUGAAUUGUUUCAGUUUUUUUUUCUUUGUUAGUACUAAAUGUGUAUAUACAUUAUUCUCGUGCAUGCUUAACGGUAAUAAUUCUGAUAGCACAAUUUGUUUUAGUGACAAAGCUGCUUUGUGUGUGUUUAUGGGUGUGGUGUGUGUGUGAGUGAGAGAGAGAGAUAUAUUAUUCAUAUAAAAACACUAAAGCCAUAACAUCUUUGCGACUACAGGUAUUUUUUGUUAAGGGCAGUCUGAAGUUCAUUGUACUGACAUUUGAUCAAGCUGCAGAGGACCCGUCAUUGGCAUGAAAGUAAUUUCCCCUGAAACAACAAAAAAAGCAGUUAAGUGAAGUUUCUUACUAAAAGAGGUACAUAGAAUGUCUAAGAGGAACUAUAGGACUUGAUACUGAAGCUGUGAGCCCAAGCAAACCAAUUCAGUACAACAUUCGAUGGAUGUUAUUUUAGAUCAGUGGAGACAAUGUGUACAUCCACAUUUUCAGGGACAAAUUGUUCAAGAUGUUAUUUAUAUUAACAUUUAGACACUCAAUAGACUAUUUGUGUUUUAAGCAUUUAUGCACUAUUGUGAUUUAUAAAUGUAUUAGGGGUUUAUUUGUGAAAUAUGAUCAGGCUGCUUUUGCCACAUUUAAAAUGACCAUUAACAUAGUUUAAUCAGAUGCAGGUAAUGGUACACAGAAUCCUUAUAUUACCCUUAUAUUUUUUGCUGUUCACAGUUUAAAAUAUGUAAUGGAUUGCACAGUACCUGAAGGUACAGCGAAACAGACUGAAUAGUACUUCUGCUGGUCCUCUGUAGUCUCAUCUUUUUCAGUUGGUGUUCAUCGGAAAAAGUAAUGGGUCCUUUGCAUGAUUCAUGCAACCGUUACAUUUUAGCUAUUAUACUGAAAGCAUACUUUGCAUCUAAACUAUUGCCAAAUCUAUGCAACAAAUCAUCACUAUGGGUCUCUGUACAUUAAGGUGUAUACAAUAUAAAUACUUUGGUUAAUCUUUAUUUGUUCAACAAGUAGACUGUGGACAUAUAUUAUGGCUGCAUUAGCAGCUUGCUUGGCUGUAAAAUACAACACCCACAUCCUCUGUGUGUGUGUGUGUGUGUGUGUGUGUGUGUGUGUGUGUGUGUGUGUGUGUGUGUGUGUGUGUGUGUGUGUGUGUGUGUGUGUGUGUGUGUGUGUGUGUGUGCGCGCGCGCAAAAGUGAGAGGGAGAGAGAGAAAGAGAAGGUAGAAUGUAAAUUGACAAACUAUUACUGGGUUAAAACCAAAUAGGCAAAUGCAUUUGCAGGAUAUUUCUUGUUCAUACUGUAGAUCUGUUAGUAAGCAUUUUCUCUCUUAAGGAGGUGUUACCCCCUAACAUAUACAGUGCCUGACUUCCCUGAAAUGAAUAAGUAACAUGACAUUUGACCGAAAGCAUUGACUUUUCCCCCUACUUGCAUUGGAUAUUGAACAUGUUUUUCUGUUUCAAUGAAACAUUUUGAUUUACAGAGGAACUGUCUAGGCUUUGCUAACCUAUUGCUCCUUAAUUGUGCCUCAUCCUUGUCUUACUGUUAACUGUUAAUUACCUGUUGACAAAAUAAAUAUCAAGUGACUAAACAGGUAUCCAACACAUUUUGUCAACAUGUCUGUAGAGAAAAUAUCAGAAAUAUUAAAUACACUACUGCUGGUUGUAUUCAUCCAUACACUGCAUCAUUGUCUCAUGAAAUGUAAAAUUGGUUAUUUGUAAACUAGCAAUAUGAAAAAACCCUAAUGUACCACCAUUAAAGGAUAGAUUUUA